GGCCCGAGUGCCGAGCCCUUUGCUCCCUCGGCCGCGCGGGGACAGGGCGGCUGAGCAGCCUCCGCCUCUCCCGGCUGUGGGGGCCCCACUGAGUAUGUCGGAGGAGAGCGACAUGGAGAAAGCCAUCAAGGAAACUUCCAUUUUAGAAGAAUACAGUAUCAAUUGGACUCAGAAGCUGGGAGCUGGAAUUAGUGGUCCAGUUAGAGUCUGUGUAAAGAAAUCUACUCAAGAACGGUUUGCACUGAAAAUUCUUCUUGAUCGUCCAAAAGCUAGAAAUGAGGUACGUCUGCACAUGAUGUGUGCUACACACCCAAACAUAGUUCAGAUUAUUGAAGUGUUUGCUAACAGUGUCCAGUUUCCUCAUGAGUCCAGCCCUAGGGCUCGACUCUUAAUUGUAAUGGAGAUGAUGGAAGGGGGAGAGCUAUUUCACAGAAUCAGCCAGCACCGGCACUUUACAGAGAAGCAAGCCAGCCAAGUAACAAAGCAGAUAGCUUUGGCUCUGCGGCACUGUCACUUGUUAAACAUUGCACACAGAGACCUCAAGCCCGAAAAUCUGCUUUUUAAGGAUAACUCUUUGGAUGCCCCAGUGAAGUUGUGUGACUUUGGAUUUGCCAAGAUUGACCAAGGUGACUUGAUGACACCGCAGUUCACCCCUUAUUAUGUAGCACCCCAGGUACUGGAGGCACAAAGAAGGCAUCAGAAGGAGAAAUCUGGCAUCAUACCUACCUCACCGACGCCCUACACUUACAACAAGAGCUGUGACUUGUGGUCCCUAGGGGUGAUUAUCUAUGUGAUGCUGUGCGGAUACCCUCCUUUUUACUCCAAACACCACAGCCGGACUAUCCCAAAGGAUAUGCGAAGAAAGAUCAUGACAGGCAGUUUUGAGUUCCCAGAGGAAGAGUGGAGUCAGAUCUCAGAGAUGGCCAAAGAUGUUGUGAGGAAGCUCCUGAAGGUCAAACCGGAGGAGAGACUCACCAUCGAGGGAGUGCUGGACCACCCCUGGCUCAAUUCCACCGAGGCCCUGGAUAAUGUGCUGCCUUCUGCUCAGCUGAUGAUGGACAAGGCAGUGGUUGCAGGAAUCCAGCAGGCUCACGCGGAACAGUUGGCCAACAUGAGAAUCCAGGAUCUGAAAGUCAGCCUCAAACCCCUGCACUCAGUGAACAACCCCAUUCUGAGGAAGAGGAAGUUACUUGGCACCAAGCCAAAGGACAGUGUCUAUAUCCACGACCAUGAGAAUGGAGCCGAGGAUUCCAAUGUUGCCUUGGAAAAACUCCGAGAUGUGAUUGCUCAGUGUAUUCUCCCCCAGGCUGGUAAAGGAGAGAAUGAAGAUGAGAAACUGAAUGAAGUAAUGCAGGAGGCUUGGAAGUAUAACCGGGAAUGCAAACUCCUAAGAGAUACUCUGCAGAGCUUCAGCUGGAAUGGUCGUGGAUUCACAGAUAAAGUAGAUCGACUAAAACUGGCAGAAAUUGUGAAGCAGACUGCUUGCUGGAACUCAAAGGAGGCACACUUGAGCUUGGAGAGCCAACUUCCAUGAUGGAAGAAGAGGGAGCUCAGCCCUCAUUUCUCCUGCCCCAAUUCCCAAGAGAAAAGCAGGAAUAUUUCGUUUUUGUCAUAUUUGUUAAAAGGGUACUUGUGUGUUUUUUAAAUCUAACAGGGUUUUCUUUUGGGUUUAUUCUUGUUUGUUUUUGUUUUUGAGACAGAGUCUUGCUGUUGUAGUGGAGGCUGGAGUGCAGUGGCACUAUCUCUGCUCACGGCAACCUCCGCCUCCCAGGUUCCAGCGAUUCUCCCACAUCAGCCUCCCAAGUAGCUGGGAUUACAGGCGCCCGCCACCAUGCCUGGCUAAUUUUUGUAUUUUUAGUAGAGACAGGGUUUCACCACGUUGGCCAGGCUGGUCUUGAACUCCUGACCUCAGGUGAUCUGUCUGCCUCAGCCUCCCAAAGUGCUGGGAUUACAGGCGUGAGCCACUGUGCCCAGCCUUGGGUUUAUUCUUUUUUUUUUUUUUGAGACAGAGUCUCGCUCUGUCGCCAGGCUGGAGUGCAGUGGCACAAUCUCAGCUCACUGCAAGCUCCGCCUCCCAGGUUCACGCCAUUCUCCUGCCUCAGCCUCUCCGAGUAGCUGGGACUACAGGCGCCUGCCACCACGCCCGGCUAAUUUUUUGUAUUUUUAGUAGAGACGGGGUUUCACCGUGGUCUCGAUCUCCUGACCUCGUGAUCCACCCGCCUCGGCCUCCCAAAGUGCUGGGAUUACAAGCGUGAGCCACCGCGCCUGGCCUGGGUUGAUUCUUUAUAUGUUUGUUUUGAGAUGGAGUCUUGCUUUUGUCACCCAGGGUGGAGUGCAAUGGCACGAUCUCGGCUCACUGCAACCCCUGUCUCCCAGGUUCAAGUGAUUCUCCUGCCUCAGCCUCCCAAGUAGCUGGGAUUACAGGCGCCUGCCACCAUGCCCAGCUAAUUUGUAUUUUUAGUAGAGACAGGGUUUUACCAUGUUGGCCAGGCUGGUCUCAAACUCCUGACCAUCCGCCUCAGCCUCUCAAAGUGCUGGGAUUACAGGCGUGAGCCACCAAGCCUGGCCUAUUCUUUAUGUUUAACCGGAGCUUCCCUUUCCCCUUCCAGGAGGUCCUGCUUUGUCCUUUCCCCUUCUCUGCAGCCUUCACCAGCUCCAUCACUCCUUGUUUCUGUUCCCUGAUCCUCUGGUCCUGUUUUUGGAAUAAUUUGAGAAAUUUACAUAUAAUUGAAGUGGGACUGUUGGACUAUCAUAUAAGAUGAUCCAGUUUUGGUUUUGUUUUUCAUAAGACUGCCUUGUUUCUCUGUAAUAUGUCUGCCUGGGUUUUGUGUUGGCAUCCUCUGGGCUGCAUUUAUCUUGUUUAUUACCCUUCAUUUUCAGGAAGCGUGGUUUUGGCCCCGAGAGCAGCUGUUUGAAGGAAAAAUAAGGCUAGGUCCUUUUUCAGUUUUCUGUUGUCGUAUGGGUUUCCAUAACCAAUUUUCGUGUGUGUGUGUAGCAGUUUUUGGUGGGUACUUACGUUGGUACAUAGAAAAGCUGGCAGGUAGACUCCAGCUCGCAGAGCAGAGGGAGAGGAUAGUCAUCUGUUAUUCAGUUUUUUCUCAUUGCUUUCUCUUUGAUCAAAAUUGAUCUCACCAGCAACUUACUUUCUAACUCCUCCACUGUGCUGAGUAAUGCCUCCACCCUGAGUCUUCAGGGUGACAUUUGGUUAGUAUGCCCUGUACGUGUGUGACUGCCUGUGGGAAUAGAUGAUAAAAACACAGUGUCUUAAGAAUUACCUUAUUACAUUGCUUCCUUUUUUUGUUUUUUGAGACGGAUUCUCACUCUGUCGCCCAGGCUGGAGUGCAGUGGCGUGAUCUCGGCUCACUGCAAGCUCCGCCUCCCGGGUUCACGCCAUUCUCCUGCCUCAGCCUCCCGAGUAGCUGGGACUACAGGAGCCCGCCACCACGCCCGGCUAAUUUCUUUUUGUAUUUUUGGUAGAGACAGGGUUUCACUGUGUUAGCCAGGAUGGCCUUGAUCUCCUGACCUUGUGAUCCGCCCACCUCAGCCUCUAAAAGUGCUGGGAUUACAGGUGUGAGCCACUGCACCCGGCCUACAUUGGUUCCUUUUUAUCUUGGAGAAUUUGUAAUUAAUUAAAAGAUAUUUUUUGAGAUAAAGUUCACUAAUCUUAGGUGACUGAUAACUGUUAUAAACGGAUUUCCUGUAAGAAGAAUUGAAUAUGUCUCACCCCCCACCACCCCCCGCUGCCACCAAGACAGAGUCUCACUCUGUCCCCCAGGCUGGAGUGCAGUGGCUUGAUCUCGGCUCACUGCAACCUCCACCUCCAAGGUUCAAGCGAUUCUUGUGCCUCAGACUUCCAAGUAGCUGGGACUACAGGCACACACCAUCACGCCCAGCUAAUUUGUGUGUUUUUAGUAGAGACGGGGUUUCACCAUAUUGGCCAGGCUGGUCUUAAACUCCUGACCUCGUGAUCCGCCCACCUCGGCCUCCCAAAGUGCUGGGAUUACAGGCGUGAGCCACCGCGCGCGACCUGAAUACUUUUCAUAAUGGCAAAAUCUAACAGGCAACAGAAAAAAAACCAAUGUUUUUAAAUUUACUGACCAGAAAACUUGGCUGAGAGUUGAAUUAAGUGCCUGUUGUGUUUUUCAGUGAAAUGCAAAUCUUACAGAUCACUUCUUACAGUUAGGAAAACUGCACUUCCUUGUGUAGUAUUAGAACAACUGUAGUUUUCCUAUCUUAGGGCAGAGGUUCAGUAUUCCAUGAGAAGAAAAAAGCAGUAAUUACCUUUGUUAGUCUUCUCUUUCUUUAGAGGAAUAUUCUAGCAUAUCCAGUAUAUCCGUAACUUCUUAAAUUUGUGACUUGGGUGUCUUCUAAAAAGGCUCAGGAUGAUUUUUUUUCCUUCAGUGUUUGCUGAAUUUUAGGUGCGAUGGAAAAGGUAUCCAAAGUGAUACUUCCUUUGACUCUGAGCAUCUGUUGCCCGUGUUUCAGUCACUUCAAGCUGAAUUCAUGUGGCCCUCAAUGUAAGUGCUGUGUCCAGACACAUCCAAAUGAGCACCAAGCUGGAAGUUUGUGAACACUCUGGAGGAUGCCCCAGCUGUUGUAAUGCAACAGCAUGCCUUGUAAAAAACAGUAGCUCCCAAGGGACUCAGCAUGGCUUGGUCUUCGAAGUGGAGUUUUGUUUGUGUAUUCCUAGUCCAGCAGUAAAUUCUGCUUUAACAUAACUGUCAGGUUUGCUACUCGAAAUUUGCACGUAACUGGAAGUGAAACGAUAUCUUUCUCAUAUUUUUUGGCCUAACACCUAUACCUGUGGAAACGUAACACUGUAAAAACAAUUCUUAUAAAGCAGCCGGUUAUAUGCUG